AUGCAAUCAUCUAUUUUAAAUAACACAUGUAUUCGCAAUGCUGUCAUCAAUACAGAAAUUAAUGCUGUUACAACCAGAGCACAAGCAAAACUUCAGGUUCAACCACCUUCAUCUACAGCAAAUACAUCUUCUACAUCAACUACAUCUCAAUCUACAUGUUCUGCUUCACCAACAGCUAAUCAACUAUAUGAUUUUAGUCUAGCUCGUAUACGUUCUGAACAAGCGCACGAUGCGACUAUUCAACAAAUAAUUCAACAAAUUCGAAAUAAUCGUCGCUAUGAAUCAUUUAUUCUUCAAGCUGGUAUCCUGUACAAAUUAGUUGGUCGAGAUGAUACUACUCUUAAACUUGUUUAUGCACCUUCGAAAUUAAUUCCAGAAUUAAUGGCUGCCUAUCAUGAUCACCCUCUAAGUGGUCAUUUUGGAAUUGGACGCACAUGGUCUACGUUAAGAAAUACAUAUUACUGGCCACGUAUGAAGGACACAAUAAUAUCUUAUAUUAAAUCCUGUAAGAAAUGUUCACAAUUUAAUGUAGAUCGAAAUAAACCACCAGGUUUCUUACAACCUAUUCAACCACCUAAUGAUGUUUUUCAAAUACUAGGUAUGGAUUGGUGGGGCCAACCACCACCUCGCUUUCUGGAAAUCGUUAUGUUUUAG